AAAAGUGGGUCCGACGUAAAAGAGAUAUGUCCAUUCUUAAAAGAAAAAAAAGUUGGUUCUGAACUUUGACCAACAACAAGGAAAUGACUCGGUCCCUCAUUUUUGAAACCUCGGCCCGUGAGCCUCAGAGCAGAACUUAACACUGGUUGACGCAACGUCGCAACCUAACUUAAUAAAACUAUCAAGAGUAGGGAGUAUGGAACGCCAUUAAGAUUAAACAAGACAGCAUUGACACUUCCCAGUCAUAGAUCCAGAUAUAAUAUAUGCGUGCCUUCGUUUACGGGUCAGUUCCAUUGUCUUCUUUGCAGCCUCAAAGCAUAAUAAGAGAGAAAAAGAGAGGAUAGAACCAAGGAGACAGACUUAUUCCUCUUCCUCCCUUUCCAUCUCUUUAUAUCAGUCUUCGGACCAUGUCUCUUUAAUGAUUAAUUCCCAGAAUAAGAAGAAGAUUUAUCCCCACCGGUCACACACAAUCAAUCAGACAGACACAGAGGCAUAGCCGCUAAGUGCUAAGUGUCUUUGCGUGUGAUGGUAUGAUGGAUAAAAGCUGUCAAUCCACCACCAUCACUGCCGCUACUACGUCUGCUACCACAAACAGCAAUGGUAGCAAUAAUAAUACCAACAGAGACCAAUACCUCAGACACCUCAACAUGCUUUCCCACAAGAUCUCUAAACCCAGCAUCAAAAAAUCCUCUACUGAUCCCGUCAAUCAAAGUCAAAGUCAUCAAAAUCACCCUCAAUCACAACCAGCCUCACAACAGCCACAGGUCCAGCAGCAGAUACAGGCACAGGCGCAGCAGCAACAUCAGCCGCCGGUGUACAAUAUCAACAAGAACGACUUCAGGGACGUGGUCCAGAAGCUCACAGGCUCACCGGUACACAGGCGUUUCUCGACGCCGCAACCUAUUCAAGCACCCAGGCCUCCCAGCUCCCGACUCCAUCGUAUUCGUCCUCCACCCCUUGCGCACGUUUGCAAUCGGCCCCCUCCCCUGCUAGACAGCGGCGAUCUCCGUGCACAGCAACCCAUUAUAAACCCAAAUAUCCCCAUCACAGCCCCGACUUCCAGCUUUGGUCAAUUUGGACAACCCAUAACGCCGUUAUCCCCUUUGCCGCCGUUCCCAUCCGUCCACACGGUGGCCGAGUCGCCCGUCUCGGCCCACAUGCGAUACCUCCAAAACCCAGUCUCCACCGUCGAUUCGAACCCUACGCAAUUCUCGAGAUUCUCGCCGCUAGCACCUCUAGUCUUGCCCCGCUGGAACAAUUUAAUUCCCCCGCCGCAUCAGGGAUUAACUCCUCCGCCAUCGGCUACGAUACCGUCACAGCCGCAGUUUCCGAUGCCGACCUCACCGCUUCCAUUCGGGUGUUUUAAUUCGCCGAGGUCACCGUACCCCUUACUUUCCCCAGGCCUGCUGUUUUCGCCUUCGCCCGGUCAAUUAGGGUUUCCACAGCUCCCGCUUUCGCCCACAGUACAGGUUGAGAGCCCCAGAUGGAGGGCCGUCUGAGUUCCUUCUUCAGGUGAACCUUUCUGCAAGACGACGUCGUUUCGCUCUUAGUGGUUUUAUCAUUACCGAUAUGUAAACGAUUGGGGGGGUCGGGAAUCUUUAAUGAAUAAUUAUUUUCAUCAGACUAUUUACUAUUUUACACCUUAGAAAAAAAAAAAAAAUUAUCAAAAUGAAGAACUGAUCGUAUAGAUUUAAAUUGGAGAGUUGUUCUUUGCUCUUUGGGUACGAAAUAGAAGGCAAGAGAAGUUGCAGAAUCAUGGUUGAAUGUUGCCAUUUUAAGUUAAUUAUUUUCUGGUAAAAUGUCAGUCUUUGCCGAUCAAGUUUUAUGUAUGUGCAGAAUAUUUUUUUAAUGACAAUCUGUGUAAC